UCUCGUGUACCGUACUACUGCACUGCACUGCCAGGCGGCCGGUGAUUGUUAUUGCAGGUACCGCGGCCGGUAGACGUCGACUCCAACGACUUAUCCUGCCAUUCCUUGGCUGGCAUUUGAUGUCUGAGUGUGCGUCACCGCAUCUCUGGGCUUCCACCCUCCUUGGACACACAGCGAAGCAGUCAGGAUGGAUGGUGUAAAAACCACCAUCACUCUCCUUCUAUUCCUGGGCCUUACAUGCAAUGUAAUUGGUCAGUUAGUGAGGGUGAACUCUGGACUGGAGGUUCCUAUUGGUCGAUCAGUAAGCCUUGAUCAGGAUGACCUCGUGUUUGAACCGGUAGAAGAAGGGGAGCAGUGUAAGGUUGAGGUAGCUCUGAACGAACCUUACUACCAGAAAGUUGGCCUUCUACAACCAGAGGUGUUUGAUUGUGAGUUCCUGCCAGAGACCAUCAAGUACACUCAUUCCGGACUACCAUACUUGGACCAUGAUGUGGUAAAAUUACGAGUCUACAAGUUCACCGAGACAGACACAGUUUCAGAGACAGUUUACCUCAGGGUCAACGUCUCCUUGAAUUCUUAUCAAACUGUGAGGCCGAUGGGACCACUUCAAGUUGACCGCUUCUUUGGAAGUUCGGAGUUGAUUGACAUGAGAGUUCUGGACUUGGCAUACGAGCGCUACAGGAACGUGUCAUGUAUGGUGCAUAUCAACACGGUCACAAGUGGGUUUCCAAAGUAUGGGGAACUUACAAAAGGAGAAGGCGAGGAGAAGGUGAGGGUUAGAGCCCUGACUGCCGAUUGCUACGAUUUCAUGAUGGGAAUGAUACGCUAUGAGCAUCUUGUGCCUCCGACGCCAAACAUAGACUAUAUUCCGAUGACUGUGACAACAAAUGAUCCAUUGCUGAUUGAAGGAACCUAUGAGGAGGUGUACUACUUACCUGUGGAGAUCACGGAAGCAUUUCCAAAUCAGAAUCCAAUUGCAGCGAUGAUGAGCAUGUAUGUAAUGGAGGCAGAUCAGUUUAUCCUGACCACCAUCACGCCCUCGGUGAUCUCUGGUAGAGAUGAUGAAACUGCCAAUGAGGAUCUGGUGUUCUUUAUCAGUCAACCCUUCGGUCCAGACGAAGGGUACAUCGUCAACCUCGAUGACCACACCCACCCAAUAGAGUCCUUCACACAGUAUGACCUGUCAAGAUUGAAUAUAGCGUACAAACCUCCCAUCGUCAGCUCAGCAGAGAGGCGAGUCUUUACGGCAGAGUUCACUGUCUAUGAUACUUACUUUGCGGAAAGUAAUCCCAUUAACCUUAUGGUGUCAGUGAGAACCACUGAAACGAAUGCUCCUAGAGUUUCGGUGAAUACUGGUCUUACUAUGUUAGAAGGACAGUCAAGGAUCAUCCGUCCAACAAAUCUUCAGCUAGUUGACAAUGACAAUCUGAAUUUUGUUAGAGCUAAAGUGGUUGGUGGACUACGCCAUGGAAGGCUCUACAAUAAUGAACGUCCUGUCAUCAUGUUCUCGGCAGCAGAUAUUAAUUCCAAUAACCUUGUAUAUCGUCAUGAUGAUAGUGACACUUUGAAGGAUAGCAUUGAGCUGAGGAUCACAGAUGGACGACACAGCGUCAGGACAACCUUCCCUAUAAAUAUUCUUCCAAAGGAUGACAGUGCCCCUUAUCUCAUCAACAAUGUCCAGUUUGAACUCCAAGAAGGUAGUACAAUUCGUAUCACCCGUUUCUUGCUCGUUGCAGCUGAUAUGGACUCCAGCGAUGACUACAUAAUCUUCAGAAUCACUCAGCCUCCAGUGGCUGGUGAAAUCUUGAAGAAGUUCUCUGAAGAUGCGUACGGGUAUCCUGUCACAGAGUUCACUCAGAGAGAUCUGUUCCGUGGCCUGAUCUACUAUCACCAUCUUGGUGGAGAGGUCUUCUUAGAUACUUUCGAGCUGAUUCUUCUGGACAACCAGAUACCUCCUAAUGAGUCACCAACACAGGUUGUGAUGGUGAAGAUUAGUCCUGUACAUGAUCUACCUCCAGAGAGGGUUUCUGGAUCAACUCAGUCUCUGAUUGUCCGGGAAACAGAGAUUGCGUACAUUACCAAGAAUCAACUGCACUUCACGGAUGCUGAAUCAACUGAAGAACAUCUCCGCUAUACCAUCACAACCCCGCCUUACAUAACAGAUACACACAGCCUUACUAAUGCUGGGAGGGUGAUAUCAACAGUGGAUGUCCUAUCCCCUACUAAGGAUCCCAACAUGCCAGCCAUUCGAUCUUUCACCCAGGGUGAGGUAAAUAUGCACAACAUUGCCUACAUGCCACCCUUAAAGGAGAUCGGUCCAAACCCUGUACACAUCCGUUUUGUCUUCUCUGUCUCUGAUCCCUUCGGAAACCUUGUCCUAGGUGAACUCUUUGACAUCACUGUCUUACCUGUCAACAACCAGGGGCCGGUCUUACGUGUCAACGACCUCACUGUCCGGGAGGGUCAGUCCUUGACCUUAGACCCUGUGAAAUUCUCAGUGUCUGACAUGGAUACGGAGGCCAGAGAUCUGAUCAUCAAUCUCUUGGAGCUGCCUGAACAUGGAAGGAUUCUCUUGAAUGGAGUCAACCUGACUGUUGGGAACCAUGUCACCAUGUCUGACGUUGCUGCAGGUAGGGUCAGCUACAUGAGCGAUGGUUCUGAGUCUUCCAGUGACCAGUUCACAGUGAGCCUGUCAGAUGGUGUCCACUCCAUCACUGAGAUUGUCACCAUCAACGUCAUUCCUGUCAACGAUGAAGUUCCGGCUUUGCUACCGGGUCUGGAGUCAGAACUGACCAUUCCAGAGGGAGGGAGUGUGACUAUAGGAUCAGAUGUCCUCUCAGCAACGGACCCAGACACCAAUGACCUGCUGCUCCAUUACAUUGUAGUGAUGCACCCCCUCAGGGGUGUACUGUUGAAGGAUGGGGUGAUUGUGAAUAGGUUUUCCCAGAGGGACGUCAACAGAGGGAAGAUAGUUUAUGAACACACUGGUGGGGAGACGGGUCUUAGUAAUAUCCAAGAUGUGAUAACGUUUAUCGUAUCGGAUAAGAGCAUUCCAUCCAAUCCGGACCUUCCAGUGAAAGAUGUCAUCAUCAACAUCACUCCGUCUGAUGAUAGGCCUCCUAGGAUAGUCUUUGGGAAUCCUUUCUUUGUUAAUGAGGGUGAGAAAGCACCGCUGACUGUGGAUGUCCUCAGUGCUGUUGAUCGAGACUCUCCAUCGGGUGACCUGCGGUUCGUCAUCACUCGCCAACCUGUCUGGGGCUUUGUAGAGAAUGUCCUACCAACACCUGGGUUUGAAAAGAGUAAUGCAGGUAAACCUAUCACUUCUUUCACCUUCCAAGACAUCACUGAUGGCAACAUCAACUUUGUCCAGUCACCGUCUUCCAGGAUGGAGCCCAUUAGUGAUUCCUUUAUGUUAUAUGUAACCGAUGGAGAACACUCCUCACCUAAUGUGACAUUUGUGGUGAAUAUCACUCCUCAGAAUGAUGAAGUGCCGACACUGACGGUCCGCAACUUCACAGUUCACGAAGGGUCGUUCUUCAAGAUCAGGACUGAUACAAUCAAUGCGAAUGACCUUGAUAUCCCGAUGGAUAUGCUGAUGUUCUCUAUAGUAAGGGCACCAGAGCAUGGCAUGAUUAUAAACAGAGUGCCCACUCUUGUUGAGAGUCCUACACCAGUCUAUGACUUCAAUAUCAACCAACUUGUAAAUACCCUCUCCCUGGCAUAUGUGCAUGAUGGCUCUGAAUCUACAGAGGAUAGAUUUGUAGUUCGGGUAACAGAUGGGAAGCAUACUGUCCGUAAAACUGUCAACAUCACCAUCAUCCCAGUCAAUGAUGAGAGUCCAGAGAUAAUCAAGAAUGCAGGUAUUAGGAUCAGUAUUCGUGAGAGUCGCAUUCUAUCUUCAGUCAUCCUGCGGACGGAAGAUAGAGACACACCCGAUGAUUAUCUCGUCUAUACCCUGAACUCUCUACCAAGGAGGGGCACCUUGCAGCGCAAGGUUGCUGAGGAUACUUGGGAAGACAUCACUGACACUCUCACCAACUUCACCCAAUGGGAUCUCAAUCAGAACUUGAUACGUUAUGUCCAUUCUGCAAACUUGGGUUCCAAAGGCAUAGACCGAUUCUAUUUCUCUGUUAGUGAUGGUGUCCACUCAACAGGAAAACAGAACUUUAGGAUCAUGAUCCAGAACACCAAACGAGAACCGUUGAUCAUCACCAAUAAUGGUCUUCAGCUUGAUGAAGGCCAGACAGUCAUCAUUCCACCAACUAUCCUAUCUGCAAAUGACAACAGCGGGCAGCUGACUGAUAUUUUAUUCAACGUCUUGUCACCUCCAACACAGGGACACUUGGAGGAUGUUGCCAGGCCUGGUAUACCUCUCACAACCUUUUCUCAAAUGGACAUCUUGGGUCAGAGGUUGGUGUAUAGACAUCUCAGGGUUGAUCAAAUCAAUAAUGAUGAAUUCACAUUCAGUGUGACCAAUGGAUAUGAAGUCCGUAAUGACACUUUCCAGAUCAUUGUUAAUCCUGUGGACAAUAUGUUGCCAGUACUUAUGGUCAAAGAAGAGGUGACUGUGGCUCAAAAUGGUUUCCAGAUCAUCUCUCUAUCGCAGCUCCAUGCUCUUGAUCCAGAUACCCCAGCAUCAAGUGUGUUCUUUGUCGUCACCCAAAUGCCUCAUUUCGGAACUCUGCUGAUUGGGGGCCUUCCUAUCGACCAGAGAUUUACCCAACAGGAUGUUGAUAACUAUGACAUCUCGUAUCGACAUGACUUUGGACAAGCGGACACUGACGAGUUCUUCUUUGUUGUUGAAGAUGGCACCAACAGGGGGUUCUUGAGUGGUGGCAACAUCCGGUACGAGCCAGUGCGCUUCCAGAUCAACAUCAACAUUGUGGAUUCCUCGCCUCCAGAAAUCAUCACCAAUGUUGGUCCCACCAAGAUGCAGACAAUGCUUGAUAGGACUGGAUUUGUCUUCUCCAACAUGAAUCUCCAAGCUGUGGAUGACUGUUCUGCAGACGACGUGACAUACUCUGUGGUGAAAGAUCCCAUGUUUGGUCAUCUGGAAUAUGUUGACACCUUCCAGAGGAUACAAGGACGUUUCGUACAGACAGACAUCAACAACAAGAGAGUGAUGUAUGUGAUGAGGGACAAUGCCAGAGCAGCCAAUGACAGCUUUAUGUUUGAUGUUUGGGAUUGCCAUGGAAACAGUUUGCAAAAUCAGAGGUUUUCUAUGCACUGGUCUGUGGUGAUGUUCUCUCGUCCUCAGUUCAUGGUCUGUGAGUCCGACGGCACUCUCUCCAUCCCGAUCAUCCGGAUUGGCAACCAGCGCCUGUCUUCCUUCGUCAGUCUGGAACUCCAGGACAUGACGGCCACCAGCGGGUUGGACUACCAACCGAGCCGGGCCAGGCUUCUCCAGUUUGAUCCAGCCAUUACCUCGGUGGCAUGGGAUGCUGUCCUGAUGGCGGAUGACCUAGAGGAAACCAGAGAGCGGUUCAGGCUGACUCUGGUCGAUCCAGUCAAUGCGGUGAUCGGAGAGUACAACAGGAUUACAGUUGUCAUCAAGGAUUCUAAGAAUGGUGUGUGCAAGAGUUCCCCAACUGAUGUGCAACCUUCAGUGGAUAUUCCAGGAUGUUGUGGAGAUCAAUCAGGAAUAGUGGAUCACCAGCUUGUUCCAGUUCCGGGAAUACCACCACAGGAUCCAUACCCUUAUAAUCCAGGUACUGGGUCUAGUCCUUACAACCCUGGAGUAGGUCCGGAUGGUGGACUGGGAUUUAGACCUGGACCCUACAAUCCUGGUGAAGGCCCAGGACCAUACAAUCCUGAGGCAGUACCAGAUGGAGGAAUAGUUGGUGGACCUGACUUGGGACCAGGUCCUUACAACCCUGGGGGACCUUCAGUUCCAGGACAAGGUCCCUACAAUCCUGGUGGGGAUCCAAUAUUUAGACCAGGACCAUAUGACCCAUACCAACCUGGAGUAGGUGACCCAGUCUUUAAUGAAGGAAGUCUUGUUGAUGCUGACCCUGCAAUCAACGAUGGACCUCCAGUGCAGUAUCCUCCAGGAGCACCUAGGGUUGAGCAACAGCCAUUUGAUCCUUAUGCAGAAGAGACCUGGUACAGAUAUCCAUUUGGUGUUGGAUAUGAUGGCACAGAUGGGACUCGCUAUGAGGGACCAUAUGGGUCAAAGCCUGUUAUUGUUGAACCACUCCCUGAUCAGAACUGCUGCGAGGAUGGAUUAGUCCAGCUUGGGGGUGGAACAGAACAGGGUGGUCCUAAUCCUAACUUUAAUCCAAACCAGCAGGGCAACUUGUAUCCGAUAGGUAACCCCAAUUCAUACCCACAAGGACAACCAUCUUCACCCAGGAACCCUCCCAAUCACGGCCCAUCAACUAAUUUUGAGCAGCCAUACGUCCCUCCUGGUCCAGGAGGCUAUCCUCCCCCUCAAGGAGGAGUGGAACCUGACCAACCUCCAGUUGCACCUGAUGGAGAUGUUAGACUGUACCAUGCCACAGUAGGGGGUGCUGGUGGCCAGACGCAUGUUGUACCCAUAGUACUUGCAGAUAAUCGACCAGGGCAGCUGGAGGAGGAAUCUGUGGAUCAACCACCAGAAUCAGAAGUGAGCAAUGUUUUUCUUCCGACCGUGGUCCGAGGGGUCCAGAGACCAAGACUUACCCCUGCCGAUCCCUCAGGGGGCAGUUCCCCUGUCAAUCCAAGACAGUUUCCUCUAGGCCAAGGCAAUGCACAGGUGGCCUCUAACAAUCAGCCUCCUCCAGAUGCGGAGUCCCCGUUUCCUUUCCCCUGCACCCCGGCGAACAGAGGAGAGAUAAGACAGGAUGCGGACUCAGGGAGCUUGGCAAAGUGUGAUGGCACGUACUGGGUGGAGUUUGAUAUAUCACAGCUUGUGAGAGCUAUCACUGGCACUGCAACGGGAACUGAUUAUGAUAACGGGCAGUGUGAGGGAGGUUGGAGUUACCAUAACAGCAGAUGCUUUUUAAUAUCAAGACAUGCUCAGUCAUGGAACGAAGCACAGAGGAUAUGCAGAGAAAGGUACAACAGUAAUUUGGCAAGCAUCUUAUCCAAGAGGGAGCUCAAAUGGCUUGGUGAUUUACUGAAUGGAGAAAGUGCUUGGAUAGGUCUAAAUGACAAACAAGUUGAGGACCAGUGGGAGUGGGUUUCUGGAGACCCAAUCACCUUCUCGCGAUGGUCACCUUCUGCACGAACAUCCAACCGGCGAGAUCGAUAUGACUGUACUUACAUCACAGCUAGACUACGAUGGUUUGAUAAGGAUUGCGAUACCACCGCUAAGAGCUAUGUAUGUAUGAAAAAUGCAGAAUAAGAGGGGAAGGGAAAGGGGGGGGGGUUCUUCGAGUCUCUAAGAUGGGUCUUGAAACUCAUUCAGGUUUUUUGCGUACUUCUUGAUACAAGUUGGAUCUUAUAGAUGAAGAGCUCUUUUUUUACGAGAUCCAAGCCGAAGACAUCACUCCAUCAGUUAUGCCCAGUGAAAUGAAGUUGGUAAGAAUAACUAAGUAAAGAUUAAGAGAUCUGGACCCUGUCUUACAAAGAGUUAUGAUUGAUCCAAUCAAUCUCAACUUUAUGGAAAUCCAUCCAUACCAUGAUUUUUCUCAACAGGAAAUUACCUCAAUUUCCCUUGUAAACAAAGAGAAGUACAGCAAAUUAUCAAGACAAUGACGAGUGUAUGAGUGUACAUCAAAUCUAGAAAAUAUUUUAAACAAACAUGCAGUUUAGAUGUUGAUGUUGCUGGCUUUCCAUAGUUGUGGUUGAUCGGAUCAAUCGCAACUCUUUGUAAGACGGGGCCCAGGGGUGUAUUUCAGGGAAGAGUUUGUCAGUGAUUUCCUCUGACUGAUUUACUAUCAGCCAAUCAGAUGCAAGGAUUUCUAGUAGCUUAUAACAAUAGUCAGUGAAUCAUGUUUUUAAAGGUUGGAAAUAUGGUAUCAAAUGCUAUUACAUUUCAUCCCAAAUCAGAUUGCGAACGGAUCGUGAAAUGUGCAUCCGAAUUUGUGGGUCAAUGUCGGUGCCUUAAGUUUUAUUAUGCAAGAAUUUUGCUCCAUUCCAUUUAUAUUUCAUAUGCCAGUAGAUAUGCUGCUUAAGUGCAAACUUUUGAUCGAAUGUCAAUUAAGAUAUGAAUGUUUUUAAAUUUUGUACAAAUCAUGUCUUAGAAGAAGUAGUGUAAAACUACAUGUUCAUAAAAUGGGCAUUCUAAAUGAAAAUAAUGAUGUUCUUCCCUUUUCAACAAAUGCAACAAUCUUUCUUUUUUUAUUAAUAUUACUUUGUCAUGUUAGAAAGAAAAUAACGGAGCCUGGAAGAUGACGAUAUGUUAUAUUUCUUUAAAAACUUGUUCUCUCUGUCUCUCUUUUAAACAAAUAACUCUUUCCCAUGACUUAUAACUUCUUCCAUUGGUUUACUUAAAGAGGGUUAUAAAUCAUGUGAAUGUGUUAAUAUGUAGUAAGUUGUUUGAACAAAUAAAAACGGUAUUUCAUCUUUGGGGGUUUGUACAAUGUAUUUACACAGACAGUUUUUUUUUUAAACAAAAUAUUUGGUGCUAUCAUCUAUGUUCAUUGUCAAAGAGGAGGCUGCUUCGUAGAAUUUAAGGUGCUAUUUGUUUUACCACACUGCCAGACAAUCAAUCGUCAAAACUUUUUUUACAUAACAUAAUUAUGUACUAUAGUGUCAUAAAAAUCAUGGAAUGGUACUUAAAUCUAAGCAAUAACCCAUUUAAAAAAAUAUAUAUUUAAUGUAAUCAUGAUGUGAAUGUAUUGUAAUUUACAUUCUUUGUACAAAUGUUUUUGAUGAUUUGUAAUUAGCCCUGAAGUUUUGUUUCAAGUUUUGUUAUUGCCUUAGGCAGUAUUAGCAGCUUUGCUUUUCAAUGGAUGUCAAUUUGUUUGCUUGUGUGCAGAGUUUUAAAUUGCAUAGUUAAUCCUUCUAGUUUACAUUAAUUAUAAUGUAUAAUGUGUUUUUUGUUGGUAUUUAUUUCAGAUAUAUUUUUUAAAGUUUGUUAUUCUAUCCUGAUUGAAAAUAGCCACUAUUCACAAAGUUAGUAGGUUAAACCAUGACUUUAAUCUUGCGGAAUGUGGGAUGCUGUCAAUGUGCCUAAUGUUUAUUGAUGCUCAGGAUUUACCAGUACAGAAAGGUAUAGAAUUUCUCUAGACAUGUCAUAAUAGUUUGCAGAAUAGAUACAAAUGCUCUUAAAGUUGCAGUA